CUGAACCAUUAAGAGCUAGUAUAUUGCUUAACUAUUCAGAGGCAAAUGUCUGAUCAAUUCAGAUAAGAGGUCUUAACCAUUCAGACUCUGUAUAAUACUUAACCAUUCAGAGGCAAAUCUCUUAACCAUUCAGACAUCUGAACCAUUAAGAGGCUGAAACAAACAGUCGAUCAAAUGGCUUCCCAUAGCUCCUUCUUCCUAGUUACAAUGCUGGUCUUGUUCUCUUAUGCUACUAAACUCGCCUUUUCGGACUCACUUCUAUCCCGGUCGUUCUAUCAAACCGUGUGUCCCCAAGCUCUCCCGAUCAUCCGACGCAUUGUAUUCGAUGCGGUUAGACAAGAGCCACGGAUGGGUGCCUCGUUGCUGCGCCUCCAUUUCCACGACUGCAUUGUAAACGGUUGUGAUGCUUCAGUUCUACUAGACUCUACUCCCACAAUCGACAGCGAGAAAAACGCGCUAGGCAAUGCCAAUUCCUUGCGAGGAUUUGAGGUCAUUGACCAAAUCAAGUUGGAAGUUGAUAGAGCAUGCAACAAUGGUCCUAGCACUGUCUCCUGCGCCGACAUCCUAGCCGUUGCUGCUCGCGACUCUGUCGUCGCGCUAGGGGGCCCGUCGUGGCCCGUUCAACUCGGGAGGAGGGACUCCACCACGGCGAGCCGAACAACCGCCGACAACGACAUUCCAACGCCGUUCAUGGACCUGCCCGCUCUAGUCGCCUCUUUCUCACGCCACGGCCUCGGCGUGAGAGACCUUGUGGCACUCUCCGGGGCACACACGCUGGGGUUCGCCCAGUGUAGGAUCUUCAGGAGCCGCGUCUACAACGACACCAACAUCGACAACGCCUUCGCGUCACGGCUCAGAGCGGGGUGCCCGCCCGUCGGAGGCGACUCUAACCUUGCGUCACUUGACCAGGGCCCAUUCGUUUUUGGUACAAACUAUUUCAGUAACUUGUUGGGGAAUAGAGGGCUUCUCCACUCUGAUCAGGCAUUGUUCGGCGGCGGCGCCGGGCAAACCGGUGGCCUUGUCCAGACUUAUAGCAGAAACUAUGGGAUUUUUGCAAGAGAUUUUGCCCAGUCUAUGAUCAAGAUGGGAAAUAUAAAUCCAUUGACGGGAAAUAAUGGUGAGGUUCGAGUCAAUUGCAGAAAGGUUAAUUAGUUAACUAAAUUGCAUGUUGCUCAAAAUCCUGCAAUCCGGGGUUUCCCAAUGUUUUUUCUAUUUUUUUCCUCUUGCGUUGUACACUGUCAAGUCAAGUAUCAGUGUCCCUCGGAAUUAAUAAGGGAAUUCUACUUAAACGAGGCUUAAAGGUAUAUCUUUUCCUCAAAAACUUCUACUCCCUCCGUCCCAAAAAGAUCGUUACGUUUCAUUUUUUGCGCAUCCCUUAAAAUACUUUUAUAUCGUUUCAAAUGCCAAAAAAACUUUCAAAACAAUUUCAUCUUAUAAUAAAGAGUAAAUAUGGUA